AUGCUCGAUAUCAACGAAACACAAAUAUAUACAACGAAGGUUUCAAUCCUUACAAUUCCCAGGUCCGAGUUCUGGAUCUUCAAAGGAGGAAUUUUAAGACUUAUAUAUAGGCUGGCAGACCACUAUGGAAGACGUUUUGGGGGCCAGGGUGGUAGAUUUGGCUAUGAUAUGGACCUAUCAGCUUCAUCGCUGUCAGGAUCCGAAAACAGCAACAGUGAUAGUGAAAAAAGCGAGGAAGACAAUUCGGUGCGGGACGGAGAGACAAAAGAGGAAUAUUCAGGUUCCCUCCAACCGCUGGGGGUGGAAACAGAUGAUGAUGGGUUGUUUUUCCACUUGGCAUUUGCAUCUGAUGAGGUUACGUUAAUGUGUUCGAGUAAAUUAAUCAAGAAAUACCUGGGGAAGACCUUAAACUUCUGCAAGGGCUGUUUACCAAAAGAGAAGCAGCCCACAUUACUGAAAGAGAAGUUUCUCAUCCUCCAGGUGUCGAGUGAUGGCAUGAAUAUCGGAAAGAAGAUCCUAGAGCUUACGGAACCGCUUUCGUUGGAUGGAAUCUCGCUUUUCUUCAUUUCCAACUUCUUCACGGAUGUUGUUCUUUUCCCGGCCAAAGACAAGCAGCGGGUGCUGGCCAUUUUGCGCAAGAUGUCGGAGCAAAAAGACGAUCCGGAUGCUGAGGAAUUGCAUCAGAGGCAAGAGCGGGAUUUGGAGACGAAAACGUUCAAUUUGUUCGAGUCGAAACAAAUCAAACCGGAGCUAGUAGCAACCACCAAGCUUAUUUUGACAGGAGCUCGGUCUGGGGACUCCGCAAAUGUGUUGAGAAACACUGCAGAGGCACUUUCACGGCUGGAUACCGAUAUAGAUUCCUCUAAAGGUGAUGAAAAGUGCAAGAGCACGCAGUUUCCUGCGCAUUUCGCCAUAACGAGAAACACAACGGGAGAAAUCAGCAUGAUGCUUCCGCAAAGCGAAGCUGAGUUCAGAAAGUUGAAUUACGAUAAAAGCACCAUUAUGGGUUCCUUGCAGGACUCUUACUGCCCGAUAACCAUUGAUUUAAGCGGUCUCCCGCUAGAUCUUAAGGGAAUUGUGGCAGGUGUGGCUUCCAGGUUGUUGAGGUUGGGCAUAAACGAGAUGAGCUAUCUCAGUUUUGGAAAAUCCGGUAUGGUUCUCAUUCCGGACAAUUUUCAGGGUACCGUUGAACGGUUUUUAUCCCAAUUGUAA